GACCUCAAAGAAAGAGAGUGAUUUAUUAUUUGUAGCAUUGGAAUCCUAUAUCUUAUUUAUCAUUUACAUGUGAUAAAGGAGGCUUCUUUGCUUCUGGUGUUGUCCUCCAUUAAUAUUUUUCUCUUCUGUUUUUGUUUUUUACCAAUAUAUCACGGACCCAGAACAAGAAACAGCAGUAAGAGAAAGACUCAGAAGCUAAAAACGCUUACAGAUUCGAUUCUGAGAUCUGGGUUUGUGAGUUUUUUUUUUAUUAUUUUUGUUAUGGAGCUUCUUCAUAGAAGAGGAGCUCUUGCUGGAGCUUUCGUGUUGCUUUUACCACUUCUUUUUCCAAGCUUGUUUACUCCAUUGACUCAUGCUUCUCCUUCUACUUUCUCGGAGUGGAAUGUUCCAAAACCUAGGCACUUAGCUUUACUGAAGAGUGCUUUGCAGCGUGAGACUUCACAGGAGAAGCAGGCUGAUCUCUGGGCUCCUUUGGCUGAUCAAGGAUGGAGAACAUGUGCUGAAUCUAAAAGCGUCCCUUCGUUACCAGCAAAAUCUGAGGGAUAUCUUCAGGUAUUUCUUGAUGGAGGAUUAAACCAGCAGAGAAUGGGGAUAUGUGAUGCUGUGGCGGUUGCUAAAAUACUGAAUGCUACACUCGUCAUCCCACAUUUUGAAAUCAAUCCUGUUUGGCGAGAUUCAAGCACAUUCAUGGAGAUAUUUGAUGUCGAUCACUUCAUUAAUGUCUUGAAGGAUGACAUUUCUAUAGUUAAAGAGCUACCUGAUGAAUUCUCCUGGAGCACAAGGGAGUAUUAUGCCACUGCAAUUCGAGCUACCAGAAUUAAGACAGCACCUGUUCAUUCUUCAGCUAACUGGUACCUGGAAAAUGUCCUGCCUGUACUGCAGAGUUAUGGGAUUGCUGCAAUUUCUCCAUUUUCUCACCGUCUGACCUUUGAUAACUUGCCCAUGGAAAUCCAACGUUUGCGUUGUAAAGUUAAUUUUCAAGCAUUAGUUUUUGUUCCCCACAUCAGAGCACUUGGAGAUGCACUAAUCAAUCGCCUCAGAUAUCCCUCUAAAAAAACUGUAGUAGGUAAUACUGAUUAUCUACGAGAAACUUUAGAUGUAAAUGAUGAAAAUGAAGCAAGGAAGUUUAUUGCGGUACAUCUCCGUUUUGACAAGGAUAUGGCUGCUCAUUCAGCCUGUGAUUUUGGUGGGGGAAAAGCUGAAAAACUGGCUUUGGCCAAAUAUCGACAAGUAAUUUGGCAGGGAAGGGUCCUUAACUCGCAGUUCACUGACGAAGAAUUGAGGAGUCAGGGCCGUUGCCCAAUGACUCCUGAAGAGAUUGGAAUAUUUUUAGCAGCUUUGGGCUUUGACAACAGUACUCGUCUGUAUCUUGCUUCCCACAAGGUUUACGGUGGAGAAGCUAGGAUCUCAGUUUUAAGGGAAUUGUUUCCACUAAUGGAAGACAAGAAGAGUCUUGCUUCUUCAGAGGAACGUGCACAGAUUAAAGGAAAGGCGUCUUUGUUAGCUGCAGUUGAUUACUAUGUUGCCAUGCACAGUGACAUCUUCCUCUCUGCUUCUCGAGGAAAUAUGCACAAUGCCUUGGUGGGACAUAGAACAUAUGAGAACUUAAAGACCAUUAGGCCGAACAUGCCAUUGUUAGGGCAAUUAUUCCUGAACAAAAACAUUAGCUGGUCAGAGUUUCAGCAAUCAGUUCUUGAAGGGCAUGAGGACAGACAAGGGGAGAUCCGAGUAAGAAGACCAAAACAGUCAUUAUAUACAUAUCCUGCUCCUGAUUGCAUGUGCCAAGCUUAAAGAUGAUAUAUUGGAUACUGAAGGACGUGAAGUUGAAGAUCUUUAUUAUUCCAUUAAAUUUAGCACCACAACUAUUGUUUGUGGCAUGCAAUAUAGGUGGUAUUAUAAAUAAACAGGAAGUUCUUCUUUUAAUGCAAGAGUAUAGAUAGUAAUUUAGCGAGAUACUUGUGGGGGGUUUAUUGACGGUGGGAUUGAUUAGGUAAUGAUUUGUGUAUUUCCCAACUUGUGGGCCAUGGACCGCUUUUGUUGGACAUACGAUGUUGUGAUGUAUCAUUCAAUAGCUCACAGCUGUAUAAGUACCCAUGUCUGUUUGUGAAACAAUUAACUUCUUUUCGAAAUGUUACACUGGCACCAAUCCUUCGGUUUGGAAUUUGAUUUGA